AAACGUACACUCCGAUAACAGUUAACACCAUAAACACCUAUACGAUUUAUAAACAGUCUCCAAUAUUUUGUUAGGGAUUUUAAUUAUGUGAUAAAUCUCAUUUCGCGCACCUUUAUCAACGAACUCGAAUCAAAUGCACACACAAAUUCGAACCAUUCGAAUAAUCAAACAAACACAACGGCGAAUUCGAGGUAAAGUAGGUGAAUCAUUCGGUAAUUAAUAUUUUAGAGAGGAAAAACAUGUCGAAUACCAGCGUAGAAAACGACACGGAAGACGUACAGGAGUAUGACUGUUCGGGCAAUAUGUGCUUGGAACUGGCCCUGGAAGGCGAACGACUGUGCAAAGCAGGCGAUUGCAAAGCGGGUGUUGCCUUCUUCCAAGCGGCUAUUCAAGCAGGAACGGACGAUUUGCGAACGCUAAGCGCCAUUUACAGCCAACUGGGUAAUGCCUAUUUCUAUUUGGGCGAUUACGAGAAAGCCAAACAGUACCACAAACACGACCUAACUCUAGCAAGAACAAUGGGAGAUAAACUAGGCGAAGCCAAAUCAUCCGGAAACCUGGGUAACACGCUGAAAGUAAUGGGCAAAUUCGACGAGGCUGUAAUAUGCUGCAAACGCCAUUUGGAGUUGUCCAGAGAACUGGGCGACAAACUCAGCGAAGGCAGGGCCUUGUACAACUUGGGUAACGUGUACCACGCCAAAGGGAAGCACAUCGGCCGAGUGGGCAACAAGGAUCCCGGCGAUUUCCCCGAAGAUGUAAAAGGUUGUUUAUUACAAGCUGUAAUGUACUACAAAGAGAAUUUAGUUUUGAUGCAAGAUUUGACGGACGUAGCGGCGCAGGGAAGAGCCUGCGGGAAUCUAGGCAACACCUUUUACCUUCUGGGGGAUUUCGCGCAGGCCAUUCGUUAUCACGAGGAAAGGCUGUCGAUAGCCAGGCAGUUUGGCGAUAAAGCGGCCGAACGAAGGGCUCACAGCAAUUUGGGCAACUCGCACAUUUUCAUGGGGCAAUUCGAAGAAGCCGCGCAUCAUUACAAGCGGACAUUAUCAUUGGCCCAAGAACUCUCCGAUCAAGCUAUAGAAGCCCAGGCUUGUUACAGCUUGGGCAACACGUAUACUUUGCUUAGGAACUACGAUGCUGCUAUCGAAUACCACUUGAGGCAUUUGUUGAUAGCGCAAAAUCUCUCAGAUAAAGUGGGCGAAGGAAGGGCUUGCUGGUCCUUGGGGAACGCCUACGCCUCGUUGGGGAACCACGAGAAGGCGCUCAGUUUCGCCAAGAAACAUCUGGAUAUCAGCAAACAGUUGAACGAUUCCAUGGGCGAGGCGACUGCCAAAAUGAACAUCUCGGAUUUGAAGAAAAUUUUAGACAUUCCGGAUAGUCCCAAUGACGAUGCGGAUUCGAUUAAAUCGGACAGUUCCACUAAUGUAGGUGAAACCCACGUACAAAGGGUGAGACGUGAAAGCAUGGAACAGCUUAGUCUUAUAAAGCUAACGCCCGACGGCAAACGUUCGGGCUCGAGCAUUCCACAGAAACCGGCGCAACCGGCCAAAACCGACGACGAUUCCUUCUUCGAGCUGCUCUCCCGUUUCCAAUCGAAACGCAUGGACGACCAACGGUGCUCGUUGACCAUCGACAACAAAGAGAACACGAACGUGGUCAAUAUUCCGUACAACAACGAUACGCCGGACGAUUUGAUCGACAUGAUAGCGGGCAUGCAGAGUAAGCGAAUGGACGAGCAGAGGGUGUCUUUGCCCCAUCUACCAGGUUUACAAUCCAACCCUCGUCAGCGGCUCUCCGAAGCCAGAUCGAACAACAUCAAUCUGCCCGACGAUCGAUUUCUGGACCAAUUGGUGCGAUGUCAGAGCAGCCGAUUGGAGGACCAACGGUCCCCGUUACCGGUGGCUGCGGCCGUCGACGCCGAGACCGAUCAACCGCCUGCGGCUAACGGCAGGAAGAGCGGGGCCACCGUGCCCGACGAGGACUUCUUCUCGCUGAUCAUGAGAUUCCAGUCGGGCAGAAUGGACGAUCAGAGGGCGUCCGUGCCCAGUAGGGAUGUUGGGAUGGGUAAUGGAAGCGUACCGCAUCCGCCGGAUGUCGUUAAUAACAACCCUAGAAACUCUUCGAGUAAAAAGAAAAAAUAAUGUAAGCUCCCUUCGUUUAGAUAGGGUAAAUAGAAAUAAUUGGACGAGAAAUGUUGUUGCUGUUGCUAUAUUGUUGGGACUGAAUUUUUAAAAUGGCGAAUGCGAUGUAUUUCCUUUUUUCUAUUCUAUUAGCCUUUCUUAAGGAUCUUCAAAAUAUCUGGUAAUGAAGUUAGUUACUUAUCGACAUUUUUAGGUGUAAAAAACUGUUCACAAUUCAUACUUGAUGAAUGUAUAAAUAGCUAAUUAUUUUAAAUUUAGCUUAGAAUGAUUUUGAACGUUAAAAAAAUUUUAAGGCCUUGAUGAAUCCAUUUUAAAGAUGAACGUCCAUUGGAAGUGAUGGGUGUUUCAUUGACAAUUUGCAUAAUGAUAAAUUGCUAGUAUUUCAUACAAUAAUAGUAUUAGCGUUUCAAAUUUUACGACUUUUAUAUGGAUUUUUCGACAUUUUGAGAUACUGGUAGAGUUUCUAAAGCAUAAAUAUAUUUAUACUUAUUUUAGGAUUUUCUGUUGCAAUAACCUUUAGAGUUAAAUUUGAGCCAAGGAAAAAUAUCUUCAACUAUUAAAAACGUGAAUAUUUUUAUUUUUAGAUAUAUUUCAUAGGCUUAUAGUUACAUUACAUAGAGCUCUCUCGAGGUAAUUUUUUAUAUUUAUAUGAUUUUUAAAUGUAACUUUAUGUGUAUUCGACUUUUAGUACAAAAAUAUGUGAACGAAAUUUCUUGGAGUUUUAGAUUGUUAAAACCAUUCAAAACGAAUGGUAUGUUUACAUAUUUUCAUUUAAGUAUAUUAUGUACUUAUUAAUUUAAUGUAAA